UGUACUAUAAGAGAUAGUGCCAAUGUUUUUUUGAUAUUUAAUAUAUUUUAUUUACAUUUUUACAAAUAAGAUAUUAUUUAUUAUAUAAAUGUCUUAAAAAGAUGGCUAAUGUUGUUAGACCAGAAUUAAUAUGGAUAGAAGGUAGAUGUUACAGAACAAACGGACCUACUAUGGAGACAACAGUAUUUCAAGAACACGAUUUGUAUGAAGAUGAUGUGACAUUUUCUGAACCUGAUAAUGAUGAGGAACAGGAUGACUUUGAAGUAGUCAUGAUUGAUAACAAUAGGUACUCUACAAGUAUGCAUGUAGCUAAUCACUAUUUUGGAUCAAUCAUUGGCAAAAAAGGUGCUACCAAAAUGAGAAUAGAACGAGACACCCAUACUAAUAUUAAAAUACCAAGGCAAGGUCAAACUGGUGAUAUUCUGAUAUAUGGAUCUAGUGCUUCUAACGUAAAAGCUGCAAGAAGGAGAAUUAAUAUAAUUGUGAUAUCAUCCAGAUCGAAACAGAAGUUUACACAUUUUAUUUCAAUACCAGUCAAGUCACCAGAUAUUAUAAAAAAUUUUGAAAGUUUCAAGGAAAUCACUCUCCGCGAGUGUCCUAGCAAAGGUUUAGAAGAAAGUUUAUUUAUCAAACCAGACAAACUACAUAUUACUGUAGGUAUUAUGUGUUUGAUGGAUAAUGAAGAAAGAUUGCAUGUCUCUAAGCUCCUGACAGAAGCUAAAGAUACCAUUAUUAUGCCCUUGAUUCGGGAACAUUUGCCAUUACGAAUACGUCUGAAAGGCACAUCGUACAUGAAUGAUGAUCCGCGGGCGGUGCACGUCCUUUACGCCCUUGUACAAGAAGAGGAUGCUACUCCUGGAUUGCUGCAAAAUUUAACGGAUGAAUUGUUUAAAAUAUUUCAUAAAGCGGGCUUUAUGGAAAAAGAGUUUGGCAGGGAUCAUGUGAAAAUGCAUGUGACAUUACUCAACACCAGGUACAGAAGUCGAUCAUCAGAAACAAGCAGUUAUGCAUCAGGAGAUGUUAGGAGGCAUAUGAGAAAUCCAAGAAUCAGUUUUGACGGUUCCGCUAUCUUAGAAAAGUUUGCAGAUUAUGAUUUUGGCUUAGCGGAACUAGAAACUAUACAUCUCUCACAGGCCCACACCUUAGGUCCAGACGGGUAUUAUCAACCUACUUGUGUAAUUUCUUGUAAUGACGGUCUCAAUAGUCUAGCGGUUUAGACCACCGCUUUACUUUCUAUAGUCGUCGGUUCGAUAUCUCACACGGUACAAAUAUUAACGGGUAUAAUUGUUUGUAUCGGUUUGGAUGUUUCUAUAAAUAUAUUAUUAUUAAUAGUAUGUAUUUAAAAAAUAUGAAUUUUAGUAUUUCUAUUAGUUUUAUAGUAUCCAGUACACAAGCUCUGCUUAGUUUGGAACUAGAUGGUUCUGUGUGAGGUGUAUAGGUUUUUUAUUAUCGUUAUUAUUUUAAUAAUAAAACAUUUGAUGUAAAAAAGUACUAAUAAUAAAGUAUAUUUAUUUAAUUUAUUUGGUAAUGUGGACUGUGGUGAGUGAGGUGCACCAUUGCAUCAGCUUGACCUCCACGCGGUUACCCCUGGAAACCAUCGUGAUAAAUUCCUCGUAAUUUGGUCACAAUAGACCAACUGAUAUGACCUCGUGCAUAUCUUGUCAUCCUCCACUGGUGCUUCGCCAAAUCGCCAGCAUCAAUCUUUAGCUUAGGCGGGUGCUCCAUUCCAUUAUCAAAAAUGAUUAAGAUAUAACUAUUAUUAUAUAGGUACCUAACAACUUGUCUAUUACUGGGAUCGCAGUUGUUAAUCCUGGGAUAAUAUUAAUCUAAUAAGUAUCUAAGCUUAUUCAAGUUUCUAGUUGAACGACCUUUAUUGGUUAGUUUAGGGGCCACACGGGGUUUUCGGUAUAAAAGAAUUAAGCCAUGUAUUAGUAAUUUCAUGCAUUAUACGUGACGCAUGCCUGUUGUACCCAUAAAUUAUAGUAGGUAAGUAAAUACAAAUUAUAUAAAACAAAAAUAUCAAUCUAAUUGACAGAAUUAAAUUAAUAAAUUCUAGGAUCAAACCUAAUUUGGAAUAGUUUUGGAGGUACUAAGCAAAAGAGCUGAUUGUCUAUUUUUUUUUUAAAUAAUCCAGCUUAUUUCCAGAAUAUUUAUCAUUUCAG